AUGAACAAAAAUUCGCAUUUCGUUGAUCGCCCCCACGGGCCUCGGAGUCAACGGAAAAACGGUCCUGCAUUCAACCCAAAUCGUCAAACACGCGGACCAGGACCGUCGAACAAUCCACGUCGAAAUGGACACGUGCGAUCUCAGCACCAGGACUGCAGCCAGCACAAUCACCAAGUCACGCAAUUUUCCAGCGUGCAAGACGGCUACUCGACUUACUCUGGAAAUGAGGCUCGCCCUCAUGAGCCGCCUAUACCCCAUCAGCAAUACUCGGGGCAAGAAAAUGGCGACCAGAACAGACGAUUUAACCCAAACUGGCAGCGAAGCUCUCGUCAACGAGGCCAAAAUUACCAGUCUCGCAACUCCACUCGUCCAGGUCCGGGGCGUGUGCACAACCACUUCCGCCAGAACAACAAGGGUCGUCUGAGCCAACAACAACUUGAGUACGCCAUCCAACAGCACAGUGGUUACCAAGCCUGUACCGACCAGCAAGUGCAUAUCCAACCACAAUAUCCGGUCCAGUCUCAGCCAAACUGGUACCAGGAAAUGGACGUCGAGAUGUCAGACGCGCCACCUCUUGACGAAGAGAUCUGCAUCUCCUAUCCGGUCAGUCACUACCAUUCGACGAUCAUUGCAACAAACGAGAACUUGAAGCUGAACAUGACAUACAGACGCCCGAUCCAUUUGUCAACAAUACCUCGGAGACAUGCCAAAUCAACGUGGGUAACCCCGUACAACCCCCUGUUUGAUUCAAGUUCACCAAACCAACACCGUGACAGAUGA